AUGCUAUUUCAGAAAGAUUAUGGAAGUCAAAUCCUAGUCGUCAAGAUAUAUGUGGAUGAUACCAUAUUCAGUGCUACUAAUGACUUGUUGUGCGAGGAUUUUUCCAAACUUAUGCAGGCAGAGUUUGAGAUGAGUAUAAUGGGAGAAUUGAAGUUCUUUCUUGGACUUCAAAUCAAGCAAACAAACAAUGGCAUAUACACACAUCAAACCAAGUACAUGAAGGAACUUCUGAAGAAGUUGAAGAUGGAUGAUGAAAACCAAAUGAAAACACUUAUGCAUCCAACCACUGUACUUGGACUAGGCAAAGAAUCAAAGCGGGUGGAUGAAAAGACAUACAAAGAAAUGAUAGGAUAUCUUUUGUAUGUCAUUGAGUCCAGACCUGACAUUAUGUUCAGUAGAGAAAAGGAAUAUGGUUGCUUGAUUACUGUGAUGCAGAUUUUGCUAGAGAUAGAGUGGAAAGAAGAAACACCAGUGGAGGUUGUCACUUCAUUGGUGGAUGCUUAG